AUGCGCACAGCCGAGACGCCCUUCUGGAAGUUGCCAGGGGGCCCGAGCCGUAGAACACCGCUACGAAUGUACCCAUUCUCUACUCAUCAGCCAGCAGGCCCAAACCCCAAGCAGGAUCACUUCGUGGCCUCUGAUCAAUAUGCAAAGGAAGGAAACAACGAUCCUGAUAUGGAUAUAAUGAUGAGACUCAAAGAUGAUCUGGAAUGCCGUCGAAAUUCUCUCCUUGGGACCCCACGGGAUUCGCCAUCUCCGGUUGCUGAAGAGGAAGACACGCUGGUAGCUAAAGGGGGAGGUGCGUUGUGGGGACACGCUCUAUUGCUAACUACCAUGGAUGGCGGCAAAACCUCGUCUCUCGAUUGGGCGGACCGGCUCAAUUCCCCAGGCGCCAAUGAGACGCCUGAUCGUGUCAAGCAGGACGAGUCCGAGUCGGACUGGGACGUUCUGGAGUCGGAAUGGGAUGAUCUGGAGUCGGAACGGGAUGUUCUGGAGUCGGAAAGGGAACCCGAAUUUCUGGAGAUGAAGCCCGAGCCAUUGACCAUUAGAACGCUGUGA